CCGAACUUUUAUAGUGGACCACUUUGAGAAGUCACAUGCUAAUACAUGCACUCUCAGAGAUAUUCAAUGUUGGGUUGGUGCAAUUAUUCCACAAAUCUGAGAUCUUCCUCGUCGCGUUGGCCCAGAAGAUCCGGCUGUCCUCGGAUUUCCUUUCCACACUGCCAGCCGAAUGCUAGCAAACUUGGACCGUCAUUCGAUAUUAUCACUUGCGAUUCAGAUAUUCAGUCAAUAUGCGAGUGAAAGACUACGACCUCAGCGAGAUAUAUUCUGAGAAUGUUAUCGCGAAGAUAGUUCAAGUGGCUCGAAGGGGACUCAAGCAGGAGGCUCCUCUUUCCGCAUACCCGCACACUGUUCCCCAAGAAGGUCCCAAUAAGGGCAAAUAUGAGUAUCGAGAAGCGGAUUUCUGGACAUGCGGGUUCUUCCCUGGGAGCAUAUACGCGCUACUUGAACGCUCCAUAAAGUUUCCUCGAGCUAUUCAAACACAUGGACAUGUUAGACCGCCACUCGAGCGGCGUUUGUUAACCAUGGGUCGGCAUUGGUCUGUCGCGAUCAAUAAGAUGUCCAGCAGAACAGAUACACACGAUAUGGGGUUUAUCGUACAGCCAGCGCUACAGAAAGAUUGGGAGCUGACUGGGAACCCUGAGAGUCUUCAAUCGGUUGUGAACGCAGCAUAUGCGCUGGCUUCACGAUAUAACGAAAGGGUCCAAGCGAUUAGGAGCUGGGAUGUGGCCAUCAAUGACCGCUAUUCAAUAACGGACAUGAAGACAAACUUCCUUGUGAUCAUUGAUAGCAUGUGCAACUUGGACCUUCUGUACUACGUCGGAUAUCAUCAGAACGACCAGAGUCUGAUUGACAUCGCAACCACGCACGCGAAUACAAUCAUGGCCGCAAUUCUACGACCGGAUUACUCAAGCUACCACCUGGUCAAUUUCGACCCUGCGACCGGCCUUCCAAAAGCGAAAAUGACGAAUCAAGGACACAAAGAUGAAUCAACGUGGACCCGCGGCCAGGCAUGGGCCAUAAUGGGUUUCGCACAGACAUACACUUGGACCAAGGACCUACGGUAUCUUGAGACAGCGAUAAAAUGCGCACAGUACUUCCUUGGACGGCUAGAGGAAUGCAGGGGAAGGCACCAUCACCACCUUGUCCCUGCAUGGGACUUUGACGCUCCACAGGAAAACCCGACUGAGCCACUGCGCGACGUCUCAGCUGGUGUCAUUGCAGCCAACGGGUUAUUCAUCAUCCACCAGUCUCUUCAGAGCCUGUCGAAGUCCGUUGUUCAGAGCAUAGCGGCAGAUACGGAUUUUCUGGAUGUUUCUCUCCAGAUUAUACACCAGACGCUGGAUAUGGCGUUGGAUAAAGAUUUUGCCUCUUUCGCCGCUGAAAACACCAUGGUGAAUGGUACCGGAACUGGUUCCUUAGAGCUGUCUGUGAAGGAGAGCAGGUUCGACGCUAUAUUGAGGCAUGCCACGGCGAAUUACAAUGAGCACGCUCAUCAGAAGUAUUGGGAUCACGGACUGGUGUAUGCGGAUUACUUUUUGUUGGAGUAUGGGAACAAGCUUCUGAGGGCCGGUUUGGCCUAAUCGGCUUGAACGAUCCGCUAUUGUUUCGACAGUUGUACGGGCAGAGUGUUUGUGGUUGUGUGGACAUAGAAUAAGAAACUUGGAUAGAUUGAUAUUUGCAUAUUUUC